AUGUGCGACAAAUAUAUCUCAGCGGAAGCAUUGAUCCUGCCGUAUUGGUAUAUGCUUUUCAGACAUCUCGCGAUGAGCCAUACCUUCAACAUUCUCUCAUUGCACAUACCCUCUAGCCCAAUCUUCAUGGAAGCAGCCCUUCCGGAAACCCCGUUAGUUGCCUUGGAGGAGCUCGCUAUUCAGAUCCCCCCGGAAGCCAUGUCCAUGAUGGCGAGGACUUGCAAAUCGAUUCGUAACCUCAACCUGACACUGCGUGACAACGGGGAGUACUCAUAUGUGGACAGCAUGGAAAGCGGUUUUCUUUCUCAAAUCUCGCAGCUAACACAGCUGCGCUUUCUGAAAGUCUUCGUUCCGAAACUUGUGAGGAUAAAAUCGGAGGAUCUUUUAUCCCUGAGAGCUCUCAAAUACUUGAAGGACCUUAGUCUGACCGGCGCGGGGGCCCUCAUGCCCCAGACUUCAGAGAUGACGACUUAG